GUGAUCUCGUGUUGUGACAGUAAACAUGUUGUACAUUUUAACUCUUGUUACGGUCUUAGUGGGACUUCUACAUUACUAUUUUACCAGGACAUUUGAUUAUUGGAAGAAUAGAAAUGUCGCCGGACCAAAACCAGUACCGUUCUUUGGCAACUUAAAAGAAUCCGUCCUCCGAAGAAAGCCUCAAGUGAUGGUCUACAAAAGUAUUUACGACGAAUUUCCAAAUGAAAAGGUUGUUGGUAUUUACAGAAUGACAACACCAUCUAUUUUGUUACGUGAUUUGGAUAUUAUUAAGAAUGUACUCAUCAAAGAUUUUGAAUCAUUUGCUGAUAGAGGAGUCGAAUUUAGUAUUGAUGGUCUCGGCGCGAACAUAUUCCAUGCAGAUGGCGACAGGUGGAGAACUUUAAGGAACAGAUUCACGCCGCUCUUCACUUCCGGAAAGCUCAAGAACAUGUUACCUUUGAUGUCGCAAUCUGGAGACAGACUUCUUAAAUACAUCGAUGAUGUAACCCGGACACAACCGGAACAGUCUAUUCAUACUUUGGUUCAGAAAUUCACUAUGACUAAUAUCGCAGCUUGUGUAUUCGGUCUUAAUUUAGAUGAAGAUAUGUUAAAAACUUUAGAAGACCUAGAUAAAUAUAUAUUCACAGUAAAUUACAGUGCUGAACUCGAUAUGAUGUAUCCAGGAAUAUUGAAGAAAUUAAACGGUUCACUCUUCCCGAAGGUUGUUAGUAAAUUUUUUGACAAUCUCACAAAAAAAGUACUAGAAUUAAGAAAGGGAAUGCCAUCAAAUCAAAAGGACAUGAUCGAUUUAAUCCAGGAAUUAAGAGAAAAGAAAACACUCGAGGGAUUAAAGAAAUUCGACAACCAAGAUGUAAAAUCACUCGAACUGACAGACGGAGUUAUCUCGGCACAGAUUUUCAUAUUCUACAUGGCGGGGUACGAGACCAGUGCCACCACAAUGACAUACCUAUUUUACGAACUAGCAAAGAAUCCGGAUAUCCAAGAUAAACUAAUUGCUGAAAUAGACGAAGUUCUUUCCCGUCAUAAUGGAAAUAUAACCUUUGAAUGUUUGAGCGAGAUGACAUAUUUGAGUAAAGUAUUCGAUGAGACAUUAAGAAAAUAUCCAGUUGCAGACUUCACGCAGCGUAACGCUAAAACUGACUACGUAUUCCCCGGCACGGAUAUCACUAUUAAGAAAGGACAAACGAUUAUCGUAUCAACUUGGGGUAUUCAGAAUGAUCCUAAAUACUAUCCUAAUCCAGAAAAAUUCGACCCUGAACGCUUCAGUCCGGAAAACAUUAAGAACAGACAUCCCUGCGCUUAUUUACCAUUUAGCGCCGGUCCUAGAAACUGUUUAGGUAUGCGAUUCGCGAAGUGGCAGUCUGAAGUUUGCAUCGCGAAGGUUUUGUCACAAUACCGCGUGGAAAUGUCAAAGAAGACCUCUGAUCAAUUUAUAUUUGAUCCUAUGCGUCUCUUUGCCCUCCCCAAGGGAGGAAUUUAUGUGAAAUUGGUGCGCAGAUAAAUUUAAUGUAUUAUGCAUAACAGUUCCCUACAAAUAUAAUAAAUUAUUUAAUU